CUAAAAAUAAUUUUUUAUUGAAUCAUUAAAAUAAUUUGUUGGAAAAACUAAUAAGUAUAAGUUAAAACUAAUAAGUAUUGCAAUAAAAUUUUGAUAUUCUACUAGCAAUCAUUUUGACUUUCGCACAAAAAAUUUUGACUAUUGAACAAAAAUUAUUUUCAGAUCUGGAUUCAAUAAAAUUGUUCUUUCCGUGCACUUUAAAUGGAGUAUUUCAGCAAAUAACAAUUAAUAUUAAGUUUUUUAUAAAUCUAUUUAAACAACAAUAAUUAUAUUUUAAUAAAUUAUGUAAAUGUUACAAUAACGCAUAAAAAUACCUUAGACGUUUUUAUGACAGUUAGUUGGAAAAAGUUUAUUUGCAUUUAAUUUGAUAAUUACAACAUAAAUAAUACGCUUAGUUCCGUUCUUGUCAUUAUCAUAGCCGUAUAAUUGCGAACAUAGCCGGGAUAACGAAGCCGCGAUCGAACAUAUGCAACGUGCAAAUCCGUGAUUAGUUACAUUCUACUCGGUCGAAAAUGACUCCUUGUUCGCAGGUUUGUUCACAGGUUCGCCUUUUGCAAACGUAUAUUAAUAGUGUGCGGUAGAUGCUGACGGGGUUCGAUAAUCGUAAAAAUAAACGGUACACCGCGACUUGCGUAAGAUUCCCUCAAAUGCUCCAUCUCGCCGCGAUGCGACGUGUUUUCUCUGCAAUAAAGGACAAUUUUUUUCACAACUUUGUUUGCUGAACACUUCUAGUCAACGAGAAAUCUAUCGAUAUUUCAUCGAGCAGCAUUUAAAAUAGUGAAAAAUGACAUAAAAUCAGAACGUGCAGUGCGGAAAGAAAAGUGUGCACCGUCCCACCGGAAGCUGCAGCGAGAUGCGUUGACAGUGAGGCCGCAAGAGCGCAAAAUCCGUCAAGAUGCACCCACUCGUCCUUCCCUUUUUGCUGCUAUCUUUAACGUGCGGCGUGAGAUUUGGCAGCAGUCAUCUUAUAGACGGAAUUUUCACGGAGCCGACUUUGGAACCGGGUUAUAAUUUGGUGGCGGUGGUCCCACGUGGCGCCUUGGCACUGAACGUGACCGAACUCCGCCGCACGCAGAACUAUCUUGCAAUUAGAUUGCAAGAUGGCAGUUAUUUAUUGAAUGGGAAUAAUUUGAUCAAUUGGUCCGGCGAAUACAAAGGGGCUGGCACAACAUUUGUUUAUCGUCGUCAAAGUCCUCAGAAUUUAGAAAGCUUCUCUGCCGCUGGUCCAUUGCAGGAACCCAUAGAUGUUAUGGUUUUGUACCAGGAACCGAAUCCUGGUAUUGUUUAUCGAUAUCGGAUUCCUGGAAGUACAAAUUUACCAAGAAGCAAUCAUUUUCCGCAUAAUGCAGUUUCCAAUAAGGGUAUUGAACAUAGCUUACAAAAUAGAAGAUUUGAGAAUGGACCAGUGAAUAAUGUAACAUCUCUACCUUAUUCACCACGACGUUAUAGAAAACGAAAAUUCACUUGGAAAACAAUUGGUCACGGCGAGUGCAGCAAAUCAUGCGGCGGAGGUGUACAGAUACUCAAACACGUGUGUAUCAAAGAACACACACAGCAGCCAGUACCGGAGAAGAGAUGCCAUGGAUUGGAAAAGUUGCACGAAAUUCACAGAUGUAAUACCAUGCCAUGUCCUCCUAGGUGGCGAGGCGGCCCAUGGAGUGACUGUUCUACUUCCUGCGGCACUGGGAUUCGUACACGGGAACUCGAGUGCGUACAGGAAGUAAGAACGUCAUUAACGAUGAGAAUUGCCGAUGGCGCCUGCACAGAACCGAGAAAUCUGCCGAUAAGCGAAGUGUGCGAAAUGCCAGCGUGCGAGGAGAUCAGGCAAACGUCGACGCAGAAGUCCACUCAAUCAUUGGCUCCGCGAUGGACCGUGGGCGUUUGGUCGCAGUGCUCCGUGUCCUGUGGCGAGGGGAAAAGAACGAGAGACGUAACUUGUGUUACUGACGAUCCUGACGAUGCUCCGUGCAAUCUCUCAGAUAAACCUGAGGCAUAUGAAACGUGUGAUUCAGGACCAUGUCUAACGAAAUCAACGCCGCUGAACGUUGUUUCUGCGAAGCUUCAGAACCCGCAGUGGUUAUUCACUGAUUGGUCUGACCAGUGCUCGGCUGAAUGUGGAACUGGAGUUCAGACUAGGAGAGUUUUUUGCGAGACAAACUCUGACAAUGAAUCUUGCGACGAAUCGAGUCGACCUGAGACCUCCAGAGAUUGUUCGAGCAACAGAACUUGCAGCGGCCAAUGGUUUACAGGGCCGUGGACGGAGUGUUCUUCAAGUUGCGACGUGGGUGAGCAAGUUAGAGAUGUCGUAUGCGUUACAACUCUUCGAGGCUCUCUACGUGUUGUCUUAGACAUGAAUUGCCCGGCAAACAAACCGGAGAGUAGAAAAUUAUGCAGAGAGCGUCCCUGCACCUCUGCUUGGUUUAUAUCGGACUGGAUGCCGUGUUCGCGAUCUUGCGGUAAAGGUAUGCAAAAACGCGAAAUCCGAUGUCUGAAUUCGGAUGGCCAAUUACCUGAAUCGUAUCAGCAUCACUGCCGAGAGGAGAAUCGACCAGUAUCUCGAAGGGUAUGCAACGAUUAUCCUUGCAGAGACGAUCUACGGGCGCCUGAAAAUUCUCAUAGGAUCCUUCAAGUUCAGGACGAUCCCGAGAUAACGAAUGGUGUUGAAGACAAUCCGCUUUGCAAAGAUAAAAUGGCUAACUGCAAUUUAGUCACGCAAGCUCGGCUCUGUUCAUAUCAAUUUUAUCAAGAGUCUUGCUGUCUAUCGUGUUCUCGAGGCAAGCAGGAUUUUGAAUAGAAAUCCUUCCUUCCUGAGACAAUCAUGCUCACACUCAUUACGACUUUUUAAUACAAAAAACUGCCUUUAGUAGCGUUUCCUGUUAGUAUACACCGCCAAUUAAAACUCUAUUUGUGUCGCCUAUUGGUACAAAUAAUUUUUAAUAAUUAAUAGAUAAAACUUUUGUACGUUUUUUAUGUAUAGAAGUGUAGAUAUAUGCAUGCUGCAUAGCAAUUAAUAUAAAGCUCACGAUUUUGUCGAAAAAAAAGAUUUCGAGCAAGAUAAUUUGAUAAAGAAAUGGAAGAGACUGAUCGCGUGUAAUUACCGGUUCGUUGUAAUGAUUUGACGCAGCAUUUAAAUCCGCACUGUUCUCGCUUAACAUAAAUAUAUAUAUUGAGCAUUAAUAAAUAUUGCUUUUU